UGGCCAACGAGCCUCAGAGCUGAGACUCAGAGACUUUCUUCUCUCUCUUUCUCUCGCAGUCACAAACAUAAAUGCACUCAUUUUCACUCGCCUUCCUUUUCGAAGCUACUUAAACCGCACAUCUCUCUCACUCUGUUUUUUCAACUCAGAAACUCAAAGAAGACUGCAGGUUUCCAACAAGGUAAUUUUCAGCUUCUGGGCUUCUCUCUUUCCAUUCCCAAUCCACGAAUAUGGGCGUACCAAUUCAAGCUUGAAUCCCCACAAGCUUUUUGGAAAUGAGAUGGAUCCACCAACUCUGAUGAACCAACCCCCAUUUCCCAAUAACCCAAAUGCCACUCCCAAUCUCACGCCCUACAAUCUCUCCGAGAUCUGGCAAUUCCCCAUUAAUGGCGCCGCCACCGGCGUUGCGGAAUCUGGACCCGGCCUCGGCCUCAGGGUGCCCCACUUCCCCCACUUUGGAGAGGUUUCGCCUACUGAUCCACUCUGCGUCAGCGCCUUGCAGUUGCAGCACCGCCAUGGCGCCUCCAAGAAGCGGCGUGAUGCGGACCAAGAUUCGCCCAAGGUUAGUUCCACCAGCAAUGCCAAUGCCAAUGCCAAUAGCGGCGCCGUGAAUGACUCUGGUGGAAAGCGCCUUAAAACGGUAGCGUGUAGAGAUGAUAAUCACGAAUCCAAAGCAGAAGCAGAACCCAGAUCUGGAAAGGCAGAACAGAACUCCCAGCCCCCUCCAGAACAACCUAAACAGGAUUACAUCCAUGUGCGAGCCAGAAGAGGCCAAGCAACUGAUAGCCAUAGUUUGGCAGAAAGGGCUAGAAGAGAAAAGAUAAGUGAGAGGAUGAAAAUUCUUCAGGAUUUGGUCCCAGGGUGUAAUAAGGUCAUCGGAAAAGCACUUGUACUCGACGAGAUAAUAAAUUACAUUCAAUCGCUGCAGCGUCAGGUCGAGUUCUUGUCAAUGAAGCUUGAAGCAGUUAAUACAAGAAUCAGUCCGAGCAUGGAAAUGUUUCCAUCUAAAGAUUAUGGCCAACAGACAUUUGAUACAACUGGUGUUGCAUUUGGUUCACAAGCAACAAGAGAAUACAGCCGUGGCUCAUCACCCGAAUGGCUGCAUAUGCAGAUUGGUGGCGGUUUCGAAAGAACGACAUAGUAGUCUAGUAAAUUCUCUCAACCAUUCUAAUAAAAGCAAAAGAGAGGCUAUAUAUGACCUCCAUUAGAGCUCUCAACAAGUAUAAGUGAGUAUAGUCCAUAUGGAAAAAUCAAAGGUAGACUUAAUUUUUACAUUCAGGCAUGAAAAGAUAUGGUUGCUGUUCAUAGAUUUGCUUCUUUUAAGUUAGUGAUUGAACAUCUCCCCUCUAUUAGUGUGUUGGGAAGUAGACUCUCUGAUCUCUUUGCUCAUAAACUUCUCCAUAAAAAUACUAAAAGUUAACCCCGCUGAAGAAGCAUUAUUCUUGUGAAAAUAAAGUAAUUGCUUGGAAUGAAUUUUCAACA